AACGCAGUCGUUCCCCGAACGCGGCGGGCAGAGCCAUGAAAGACUCACGGGCCAGAAUCGUUCUGUAGUACAAGAUGGCGUUUAUUUAACGUCUCUGUCUGAGACGUGGACAACUCAGAUUUCCGUGUAAGUGCAAGUCGGGGACUGUAGUGCUGCCUUGGCGGGAUCGUCAGUCCGAAUUUGAAUGCCUUCAAGCACUGCAUGAAAAGGGUCAACAUUCACCGGGUCACCCGAGCACGUAUGCCAGUGUGGUAAAAGAGGAAGGUACGUUGCAGGCAGGUUGGUAGCUACCUCAUGGUAGGCAAGGUAAGGCAGGCACGAGGUGAGGCCGGUCACACAACCGUCCCUUCCUUCCUUCCAUCCCAAGUGACAGACCGCCAACCACCCACUGCCCGUUGAAAGUUGGCAGUGCGACAUUUCUCCCCUUCGCUGAUUCACUUUGGAGGAAUUCCGUUUUGUUACCUACUCCAAAGUUUCUCAACGUCGCUCAUUUAUCACACCUCCAUUUUGCCUCAUCCUUCGCCAUUACCAUCACCAUCGUCAUCGCAACCACUGUUUCGAUGGUGGCACACAACUCAUCGACCCAUUGACUGUGUCAAAGAUAUUCUUUGCUUAUCACGAUACCGGUUGAUUUGUUCGAGGAGGAAAAUAGUCAACCGCCAUCAUGGGCGGCUUCAUUCCCGCGAGAGCGGCGAAGGUGUGCCCGAUCGGUUCAGACCACUACACCUGCUCUGGCUUCGAGGGUUGCUGCGAGGUGAACCCUUGUGAGACUACCAGAUGCCCAGACGAGUACAACCCUUACUUGACUGCGACUGAGCUUCAGGCCCAGAAGACCAUUGCAUCUGUCGCCGCGCCGGUCUUGGUCUCUCCCACCUCAUCCUCGUCGAAGGCGUCCUCCACUACCACUGACAAGAAGGUCCAGGCUUCGACCUCCUCUGACAAUCCGACUACCACCUUCAGCUCGCCCGAGCCGACUGCAACCGGAGGUAUUUGGCUCACUGACGAUCGUGGUUCCCCAGCUUCUACCAUCGCCUCCGAUGAUUCCACUGGAACUCCGUUCUUCGUUUCUCCCCACACUUACACCCCAACGGUCCCUGUCGAGACCCAGGCCAUCGACGCUUCUGCUCCUGCCCUGGCGGUCAAGUCUGAUCAACAUGACCUCCCGGUCGCUGCGCAGGCUGGCAUCGCCGUCUCUGCUUUGGUGGUAAUCUGUAUGGUCAUCGCCGCCUACUUUCUGUGCACCAAGCAGAGAAAGAAGCUCAGAGCUUCUCGAGAGUCCAUCAGCUCCAUUGGCAAAGACGGACGCAAGCACAGCUCAGAGGACGAGACCAGCCAGCCGGCCAUGACUACCGAUCCGUUCUGUCCUGAGGAGGUCUUUUCCCCCUAUGGAAGACGCUACGAAGAGCCUCAAACUCGCUUCAACCGAGUCAAUAAUAUGAGUGUCAGUCGCAUGAUGAAUCACCCGGUCAGUCCCGACACCCGCGAUUCGAUGUCUAUACGGAUGCCGCCGCCGCCGAUUCCUUCUCCUGCGAUGUCAACUGGCACUUUCAGAGCUACCACAGCCAGCCCCGACUUCUUGUCUCGCACCACAACGGCAAAUCCCGACGUGGGCUAUCGCACGGCCAAUUCCACUCCCGACUUCACGUCCCGCAUGACAACCCCGGACUAUGUGUCUCGGCUGGGUACUGCCACCCCUGAGCUCCAUGGCCCCCCUCAGCAAGCAGCCAUUGCUGAAUUGGCUUCUCCUGGUCUGCCAAAGGUUGUCGAGAUCCACAGCAGUCGUAGCGGCUUGCAGAAGUACAAAGCGUACCGCCCCGACGGUGGCUCACUCUACCCUGUGGCGGAGACCACUCCCAGCUACCUCACCGGUACCCUGAACGCCACGGAACAUGAGCGUUCUGAGGGCAGAUACGUGACUAGUUGGUCAAAGUGGGAUCCUGCUGCCUGA